AUGGAGGAUAAAUCCCCUUCUCUUUGUAGGCUGUGCGAUGUAAAACUCGACAGCCCAAGCGAGUGGCGACAGCACGCAAAGAGCGACUGGCAUGUCUACAAUCUACGACUGAAAGUAGCAGAACCAGGGGUUGUCAUAUCACCGCCAUCAGCGUCACAGAACACAAAUAGAACAGCUUCAUCAAAAGCAAAGAAAGCAAUGGAUCUGGAGGAUUCUGGAGAUUCAUAUAAUGAGUCUGAACUUGACGGCGAUGGCGAGAGCGAUGUCGACAUCGAUGGCGGUACAGAGCUCUCUGCAGAGCCAGAAUUCAACCCUGGACAAUGCCUCUUCUGCGGCGAAAAGAAUGAAAACUUCGGCAGCAAUCUCGAGCACAUGUCCAAGGCACACAGCUUCACCAUCCCUCAACCAGCCUAUCUCAUAGUCGAGCCCGAGACGCUCAUCAGAUACUUGCACCUCGUCAUCCACGGCUACAGCGAGUGCAUUCUCUGCGCCGCACGUCGCAACACCGUCGAAGGAAUUCAACACCACAUGACCGCCAAAGGACACUGCCGCUUCAACGUCGCAUCAGACCUUGCGGAAUUCUACGAUGUUCCUUCGCUGGAAUUUCAAGCCAGCGAGGAAUCCUUGCGGUUACCGUCGGGGAGGCUUCUCAGCCACCGUACAGGACCAACUAGAUCAGCCCUUGCGAGAAUCGCUCGCCAAUCAGCAGAGCGACACUUGGAAGGCAGUACAAAUUUGGCAGUGGCAACACGAUCAAAUGAAUCAGAGCUUGUUCCGACGCAGAACAACGACGAUAACCCUUCAGCAGUGCCGUCCACGCAGCUAUCACAGCUUAGCCGGGGCGACCAGCAAAGUCUUGCACAUCUACCCGACCACGAAGUACGAUCACUUCUCGCAACCAGUGCGAGAGCCAUUGAUCAAUCGAGACGGGAAGAGCAGCACUCGCAGCUUGGACUUGGGCAGGCGGGAAAUACAACGUUGACUGGGCACUUUAGAAUGGAUACGUCUAAGCGAUUCAGAGGACCUUGGGGUUAG